GCACAAAGUAGAACCAGGAACCACUGUGGUAGUGGCGUAGUGGUAGAUGUCUUCUUUUCUCAUUUUCUGUGAGUGUGAAAUUUAAAUCCACCAUCCUUCCACCCCUUUUAUAUUACUAUUUGAAGUUUAUUUAAUUUAGGUGAAAAUUAUUAAAUCAUUUUGUACCGUAAUAAAAGUAGGCCUACCACUAGUAGUAAUACAUUCUACAAGUGGACUGGCAAUUAAAAAUAAAUUGAUCAUUUAAAAAAUGUGAUAGGUUAGGCUACGUUUGUAUGCCAUUUUAUUAUGUUUCUGGAUGUGGCUUAAAUUUCAAGAAAACAGCUAUGAUUUGGAAUACUAAGAUAUAAAGGUGAAGAGUGUGGAUGUCACAGUGGAACCAGUCUAGUCCAGAUUCAGCCAGACUACUUGGAUGGUCAAGGUCGAGACAACUCAAGGUCAAUGGCACGAUCUCAUCAAGAACCAGACAUGGCCAACUGUGAUUGGCCAACCUAUGACCGUGAUCAAGAUCAAGACACCAUUGAAGAAAAGUAUCACACUCAAAAUAGCAUGGAUUAUCAAAAUAUAUUCUUAGAUCAUAAUUAUUCAAUACACCCCCUAGAAAUGAUAAUGCUUAAGCCAGAGUUACUAGUUGAAGAAGAACAACACGGAGUAGAUGUUGAAGUGAAAAAUGAAGAAAUCAUGCAAGAAAGUGACACAUGUAUGCAGAUUGAAAGUGUCUAUUCUCUUUCAUCAGAUAGGCUGAACUACUUCUCUGUACUUGAACACCUGAAAGUCAAAAAUGAAGAAGCUAUGGGGGAAGAAAAAUCAUUUGAAACAGACCAUUCACAUAGAUUGAUGCAAAUUGAUGAUUUUCCUUGUGAUGUAGUAUCACAGAAUUAUGAAGGUGAAAGUGUAUCAUCCGGGCCAUACUUUGAGGAACAAGAUGCUCCAAGUUCUGAUAGGUCUAUUGAUGAGACUCCUACAGACACGUUUUUGAAAAAUUCUAAUAAAGAUUGCAAUGAGGUGGAUUUAUUAAUUGAAAAUGCAAGAAAGAAUGUGAUAUAUGAAACAAGAGAUAGUGAAUUAUUAACCAAGUGUCAGUUGUGUGGUGAAGCAUUCAGCAGCACUAGAGAAUUAAAUCAGCAUUGUAGGAUACAUACAGGUGGAGAAUAUGGUUGCACAUUCUGUGACUACAAAACGAAAUACAAAUCAAAACUUGCCACUCAUAUAAUAAUUCACACUGGAGACAGACCCUACAACUGUCGAUUUUGUGACUACAAAACAGCACAUAAAACAAGUUUAAAGGGACAUCUUAGUACGCACACUGAGGAAAGACCCUUCAACUGUGAUUUAUGUGACUAUAAAGCAGUAAAUAAAUCAAAAAUCACCGAACAUAUGAGAACACACACCGGAGAAAAACCAUUCAACUGUGAAUUUUGUAACUUCAAAACAGCACUGAAAUCAAAUAUCACCAAACAUCUGAAAGCACACAGUGGAGUAAAACCCUACACCUGUGAAUUUUGCGACUACAAAGCAGUACGGAAAUCAGAUCUCAAUUCACAUAUCAGAACGCACACUGGAGUAAAACCCUACACCUGUGAAUUUUGCGACUACAAAGCAGUACGGAAAUCAGGUCUCAAUUUACAUCUCAGAACUCACACUGGAGAAAGACCCUACACCUGUGAAUUUUGCGACUACAAAGCAGUACGGAAAUCAGAUCUCAAUUCACAUCUCAGAACGCACACUGGAGUAAAACCCUACAUCUGUGAAUUUUGCGACUACAAAGCAGUACGGAAAUCAGAUCUCAAUUUACAUAUCAGAACGCACACUGGAGAAAGACCCUACACCUGUGAAUUUUGCGACUACAAAGCAGUACGGAAAUCAGAUCUCAAUUUACAUCUGAGAACACACACUGGAGAAAAACCCUACAGCUGUCAAUUUUGUAACUACAAAGCAGUAAAUAAAUCAAAAAUCACCGAACAUCUGAGAACACACACUGGAGAAAAGCCCUUCAACUGUGCAUUUUGUAACUACAAAGCAGUAAAUAAAUCAAAAAUCACCGAACAUCUGAGAACACACACUGGAGAAAAGCCCUUCAACUGUGAAUUUUGUAACUUCAAAACAGCACUGAAAUCAAAUAUCACCAAACAUCUGAAAACACACAGUGGAGUAAAACCCUAGACCUGUGAAUUUUGCGAAUACAAAACAGCAUGGACAUCAGAUCUCAAUUUUCAUCUCCGGAUGCACACUGGAGAAAGACCCUUCAACUGUGUUCUUUGUGACUACAAAGCAGCACAUAAAUAAACUCUUACCUCACAUUUAAGGACUCACACUUGAGAAAGAUUCCUCACCAGCGAAUUUUUUGACUACGAAGCAGUACAGAAAUGAUUAUUAAUAGAUCAAUAUUAAAUUAUUAUAUUUUAUACUUUAUUAUAACAUAAAUAGAAAUAAAAAAAUCCCACUACCCUUUUUUGAAUUAUUUUAUCACAACAUGUUUCAACAUUGAUGCCAUUUUCAAGUGAUAUCAAUGUUGAAACACGUUGUGAUAAAAUAAUUCAAAAUAGAGUACUUUAUUACAAUAUUACAAAAAGUAACAUUACACAUAUGCAAGCUCUUUCGAGCAUGACCGCAUAUGAAAGUAUCGAAUACAUAACAUAUUAUAAAAUAAUCAUGAAUAAUUAUGAAUAUAUAAUUAUUAUAAACAAUUUCACAUGAUACUAAAAAAAAUAUAUAUAGAAUUCAACAAGAACGAGUUUUGAAUGUUGGAACAUCAAAAAGUUUCCUCUUUUAAAUUCUAAAUGACAAUAAUAUUAUUAAACAUUAAGAACAUAUGAAGUAAAUAUUUGAAAAAUGAUCUUGAGUUACAGCGACGGUACAAUAGCCAUGAAAGUGAAGUCUAUCACACUAUAUGAGAAACUUGAAACAAUGAAAAAAAACAAUAGAUAUACUACACAAUAAUGUUGUACAUGCUCUCGACAUCUUGUUCGGGCAUAGCAAUUAGAUAAAUUUUUAAUAUAGAAAUAGAAAGAAAAAUAAAAAUCUUAGUACCCUUUUUGAAAUAUUUUAAAAUAUUUAAUUUUGAUUAAAUAUUUCAAAAAGGGUACUAAGAUUUUUAUUUUUCUUUCUAUUUCUAUAAAAGUAGCCCUAUACAGAAAGGAGAUAUAUAUUUUUAAUAUACGUUUAAACAGAUGUGGCAUAGCCUACUAUAGAUAGAAGGCCGGAACAUGUUCAAUAUGGCAACGUGUGGUUCAGGCCGACUUUGCUUUAUUUGAUAUGCAUAGAUUUAUUACACCAUUAGAAAAAUUGUAUUUUGUAGAAUAAUUUGUAUUAUUGUAUAUUGUGAAAUCAUUUGCAUUUGUUAGUAGGGAUAGUAAGUAUUUGAUUUAUGUCAAUAAUGUUAUUAUAAACCAACAGAGAUAUGUAAAGAUAGAUUAAACUUUUGCUAUUGGA